GAGGCGGGGGCGGAGCUUGGGAGCGCGCCGGGCGGAAGUGUCGGCAGGCUCCGCUGUGCGACCUAGGGGCUCUCGGGGAAGUGCGGCCAGCUCCGGCGCGACCCUGCUGCUACCAUGAGCCGGCAUAGCCGGCUGCAGAGGCAAGUCCUGAGCCUGUACCGCGAGUUACUGCGGGCCGGGCGCGGGAAGCCAGGCGCCGAGGCGCGGGUGCGAGCCGAGUUCCGGCAAAACGCCAGCCUGCCACGCUCCGACGUGCUGCGCAUCGAGUACCUGUACCGCCGCGGGCGGCGCCAACUGCAGUUGCUGCGCGAGGGCCACGCCACGGCCAUGGGCGCCUUCGUACGCUUGCAGGAUCCCUCGAAGGAGCAAGACGAUGGGGAGCGUACGAGGAGCCUGGGCCCUCCGAAAACCCAGGCCGAUGGACGGUGACGGGUAGAAGAGCUCACCUGAUGAGCUAGGGGAUCUGGGGCUCCACCUGAUUGUGGGGGACACUGAGGAGCCCUCUUGAUGGAAUGAGAGAGGGCUUGAGAGCCGCUCAACAGUCUACGGGAGGUCAGAGAGUGCCCUCCUGCGACCUGGCGUCCCGAGAGACCCCCCCCCCAGCAACAGAUGGUCCACAUGGCCGGACCCGGGUUGCCUGCAGUGCGAGCCAGGCCGGAUGCAGUGGAUCAAACGGAGUUUCCCAAAAACUACCUCCUGUGAUGGAAAGCCCCUUCUCACCCGAGAACACACCCACCGAUUCCUCAAGGAGAAAAACACAUACACUCUCCCUCUGCCUGUUUAUAAUUCGGAGAAGAGCAGAAUUUUCUCUCAGGAAUUGGGUGAGACUUUGAUGGUUCUCAAUGAGAAACCCAGAAUCCCCCUUUGGAAGCCCUUGCCCCUCGUUUGUAACGGAUUAGAACUAUGAGGAAGUGGCCAAGGUCUGUAUCCCCAACUGAUCACCCACCCAGACCUCUGCAUGAUGGUUGUAAGGGGAAACCUCCACUCCUGUGCUUGUCUUCUCUCAGGACUGUUUGAAGAAAGG